UGGGGUUCUGGGUGAGCGCGGCCGGCGUCCCGCCUCUGCGCAGCCGCAAGAAGACGGUACCACGGCGCCUGCGACAUGGGGAGGCGCGGAGGAGACACCGGAAGUAGCUGUGGUACGGGUGGGACUGAGGGGUACUCACCGCCGGCAGCCUCCACCCGCGCGGCAGUCAGAGCUCAGGCCCGUGGGGGUGGGCGUGGCGGUCGCCGGAACACAACUCCGACUGUUCGCUGUCGGCGCGGGGCGGCGCCGCGUCGCUCGCCUUCACCAGCUGCCAUGAGCGAGCGCCUCCGCCCCAGAAAAAGGAGAAGAAAUGGCAGUGAUGAUGACAACCACCCUCCUCCACAGACCAAAAGGAGCAGUAGGAACCCCAUCUUCCAGGACUCCUGGGACACAGAGUCUUCCAGCAGUGACAGCGGUGGGAGCAGCAGCAGCAGCAGCAGCAGCAGCAUCAACAGCCCAGACAGGGCCAGUGGGCCAGAGAGCAGCCUGAGCCACAUCAUCCCUGGAUCCUGCCCCAGCACCCCCCAGCCGAUGCCCGAGCAGUCUGCACUGUGCCAAGGCCCUUACUUCCACAUCAAUCAGACCCUGAAGGAGGCUCACUUUCACAGCCUACAGCACCGAGGCCGGCCUCCGACAUGAUGCUCCGGCAGUUUCUUGCCUUCUGUGAAGGGACAGCACUGUGCAGAUUGGAUAUUUCAACUUAAUGAUUUGUUUUUAAAAGUUGCACACACACACAAAAACUGCCUGUUGGCUUUCAGUCUAUAUUUGAGUACCGGGUCAGCAGGCGCUGUUUACUUGGGUUUUUGCUGCACUAUUGCGAUUUCAGAGGGGCUUGGGAGCAAUUUUUUAUAGGAUUCUUUUGAGAGAGGGCAUCAGAUCCACGUCAUGGCAGUGUAUGAGGAAGUCUCAUCUGACUGAUUUCCACAUCUGUCACUUAGAUGCUAUACUGUAUGUAAAAGAGCCUCUUAAAAAAUGCGGGAUCUUAACUUUUUUUAAAUUCAAUAAACUAGUAAAGAAUAUCUAGUUUCCAUGAAAAAAAAAUGUAAGUUUCUCCCUAAAUGUAGGAAGCUUGGCUCAGUGUUGCACUGAAGUUAACUGCCAUACUACCUCUUAGUAUGUAGAUGUCUGUGGAAAUGCUCUCCCUUGGAACAGAAGAGUUGCCCACUCUGAAGACCAUGGAAAUUAAGCCCCUUUCCUAGUUGUGGUCUUUGUUUUACAUUUGAAUUUCCGGGGAGAAUAUCACUUCCAUAUCUAUUUUUUUCUGGUCUGUAGCCUAGACGCUAUAGAGAACAUUGUGCAGUUCUCAAAGUCAAGAAAUACCUAGUAACUGUCUUAGGAACUUGUGUAUUAACAGCUUAACUGCUAGCUCCUUGCAGUGCCCAUGACCAAGGCAGCGGUCAGUGCAGACCAAGUGCAAGCUGCCCGACAGCUGGAGGGAGAGAGGUUUAACUCAUGCCUGCCAGGGGCCGCCACAUUCUUAUCAUUGGAGCUGGAGAGAUUGGUGUGGUCUUGAAACCUGAGCAGAGGCACCGCUAGGACAAACAGUGCGGUAGGGUUUAUUUAGAGCCUGGGCGUUGUUCCAUGCUACUUGGUCAUACUAGAGAGCCAGGCGAGCUUGAACAAUGAAGGUGCAGGUGAGCCGUCUUCCUCACUUGCAAGCUGUCUGAAUAGAGAGCCAGGAUGCGCCGUUGGGUCACCUACUCUGGAGAGUGCCGGGGGGCCAACCUGCCGUUAGAAGAAGAGGAAGUGCCUUAAGCGUGCACCCAUAGCCUCCUCCCUGUCCCCUUCACUGCACCCCACUCAGAGGCCACACAGCACAGGCAGCAGCGCUGAGGAGUGGGGAUGGCUCUAGAGAGGAGGAUCUGACAGGGACACACUGGACCAGAGCAGGUUACUAUGUGACACAGUUGCAGUGUGAAGGAGGCCCAUGCCAGGAGGGGAGUGAACAUGCAGUGCCUUCCAUGGCCUGCUCCUCUGAGGGCCACAGCAUGGAAGGGCCGGCCCCGUGACAUGGGAACUACUGUCAUGAAGCCCAGAGUUCAGAAAGUAGUUUUUUUUCUUUCAGGACUGUUUUCCAGAUUUUAAAACCAGAUGUUUGCUGAGGACUCAGGAUCUUACUGGGUUUGUUGGCAAGGAAUGUGGGAAAGGAUACUUUACUGGAAUUCUAACAGUAAGGCAAACAGUGCUAUGAGAAGAGAAGCUGUCGCUGUCAAGCACACAUGUACACAACAACCCAGAAAUACCCAGGAGGGCUCCGGCAGGCCUAAUGGAUGGCGUCCUACUAAAACAAAACAUGUAUUAAUAAAACAGUGUGUGAGGAAGCAUGUUUCUUCCCAUCUCCCACCCAAAUAAAGGCACAGGUGAGACCGUCUGAAGACAAAGGGUCUUCCCACGCUCUGAACACAGUGUUGGGGCACAGUCAUUCUUUCACCCCACAAAAUGCAAGAAGCCAUCUCUAUCGUGUGCUGUGUGGUUUUCACAGCCUGGGGUCUGGCUCUGGGUAGAUUUCUAUUUUGAGGUGUUUGCACGAGUCAAUGGGUAUCUUUCUGUGAGCUCAAGCUAGUGACCCCUGUCUUCUCUACUGCGCCGCCAUUAAAAGCAGCCUUAGUGCAUUGCUGUA